CGGAUAUGACGUCACGAAACUUAUAAAUAGCUAUGUGAAAAACUAAACAGCAAAGUCACUGGUCACCAUAUAGUACUUGUAGAAGAAAGUAGAAUUACUUGUUUAUUGUAAAAGAUGGAGUUUCCAGACUUGGGCCAAAAUUGCCAUGAAAAAACGUGUAAACAACUUGAUUUUCUACCUAUGAAAUGUGAUGCUUGUUCUCAGAUAUUUUGCCGAGACCACAUACACUACAAUACCCACAAUUGUACUGAAUCAUACAAGAAGGAUAACCAGGUACCUGUUUGUCCACUAUGCAACACACCAAUCCCUGUCAAGAAGGAGGAGAUGCCGGAUGUGGUCGUAGGCCAACACAUAGACCGGGACUGUCAAUCUGACCCCGCUCGCAAACGGAGAAAGGUUUACACCAACAAAUGUUCACACAAAGGGUGUAAACAGAAAGAGUUGGUUCCAGUUUUAUGUGAAAAAUGUCAACAGAACUUUUGUCUGAAGCACCGCUUUGAGACGGAUCACGACUGUAAAGGGUUCCAAGACACAGGGAGGGGAAUGUCUAGGACGGGUGCUGCAGCUAUAUUUAGAAAUAUGCAGUCUUCCAGUAAGCCGACAACAAGUGGUGCUAGUAGUAAACCGAAAACUAAACCUCAGACAACGUCUUUGUCACAGCUAGGCAGGGAACUAGACAGUGAGAGAAGGCAAAGGCAAGCCGCUGCAGCUCAAUCUGUUCAGGGGGGAAUGACAGAAGAUGAGGCAUUAGCACAGGCAAUUCAACAAUCUUUGGCUAAUUCAUCUCAGCCACAAGCACCUUCAAAACCACUGACACAACAGGAAAAAGAGGACCUACUUUUAGCUCAGGCCAUAGCAGCUAGUCAGGAAGAGAACCAGCGAGAACAGAGGAGAAGGAUGCUGUUGGCAGCAAGAUAGAAAACAGGUUAGAAUUCAGCCUUGUCUGUUUUCUAUUGUAGCAAGAAGCCGCCCAGCGUAGAGAAGCAAAUAAAACAUCAUGUCAGCUAUCUUGACGAGGACUAAAUUUUAUUCAGGAAAACUGUGUUCUCUUUUUAUUAUGAACAUCGCUAACAUAUUGAAUAUUUUAUACCUGUAUUAUUAUUAAAUUAUUUUAUUCAAAUUUAUUGUAAUAUUUGGUUGGUCAUCUUGAAUAGAAAUUCUGAAAUUUUUCUUGUAUUCAGAUUAUGCAUGUUUUUUUGUGGUAAUGUAUUAAUGAACUAGUGUAUGCAUUGAUAAUUCUUAAAAGAUACGUGUACAAACCACAGUUUAUCUCUCACACAGAAGAAUUAAGCAUUAAAAAUGUUCCAAGUUACUUAAAGUGGCAAAAUGUGCAACAGUUUAUACGUGUAUAUUGUCCUGUAAAAUUACCUUUUAAACUAAACAGCUAUUACUUUUUUCAGUGUGGCAGGCACAUCUGUUUUUAAAUUUUGGAAGGAAAAGGCCAAAAAAAAUUAAUCAAUAGUUUCUCAGGCACUGCCGCAUCAGUUCAAAAACGGCCGCAUUGAUCAAUUUUUUUGACA